AUGGCCAUCAAAGUAGUGUUUAAUGCUUUCUUGAAAGCGGCGUUGCACCACAGAAUCAUGUCCACGUCACUCUAUCACGUAUUUUCGAUGAGCUCUAUGCAAGCUGCUGUUGUAGACUGGUCGAAGAAUUUAAUUGUUGUUGUGUCGUCAACCGUAGUCUUAUGUGUCGGCUCAAAGGGAAAAGUUUUUGCUGCAUCGGCAAUAAGGGGUGUCAGAUUUUUACAGAUUUUAAGAAUGCUACACGUAGAUCGGCAAGGUGGUACUUGGCGUUUACUCGGAUCCGUAGUAUUUAUUCACAGACAGGAGCUGAUUACUACUUUGUAUAUAGGAUUCCUAGGGCUUAUAUUUUCUUCAUAUUUUGUUUAUUUGGCUGAAAAAGAUCAUUUAGAUGAAAAUGGAGAAAAAGGAGAUUUUAAAAGUUAUGCGGAUGCGUUAUGGUGGGGUGUGGGUAUUCUGGGAUCAGGUUUUGCUUUAAAAGUACAACAAAAACAAAGACAAAAACAUUUUAAUAGACAGAUUCCUGCAGCCGCUGCUUUAAUACAGUGUGCUUGGAGGGUAUUUGCAGCAGAGGGACAUUUCAAAUCUGAAGCCAUUUGGAAAGUUCACUUAGUUCACUCCAAAAAUCACUUACUGCACACUGAGCAGCACGGAGGAGGUACUACGAGAAAACUUAGUCUUAUUAGACGAAAAAAAAGCAAGAAAGAUUCAGUAGGAAAUCACAUAGAAUUAGGGGAGAGAUAUUCGUGUCCGGCAACGAGUAGCGACAAACAGUUGAACUCCCAGGACGUCAUUCUGUAUCGAGACGAACCACAGACAGGUAACCCACUGAGGAGGCGGACGGGAGGAGGUGAUACAACAGGUAACCAAGAGCAUAUGAAUUAUUCAGUGAGUGCACCCCAUUUUUUGGUGCAAGAAGACGGAGAAAUAGAGGAAAUAUUGGGGAUAGAUAAUGGUCGAGUUACGCAAUUAACCGAGGCUCAUAAAACUGCAAUAAAAGUUAUAAGAAGAAUGAAAUAUUUUUUAGCGAUAAGAAAGUUUCAGCAAGCACGUAAACCAUAUGAUGUGCGAGACGUGAUUGAACAGUACUCACAAGGCCAUUUGAAUAUGAUGGUUCGCAUCAAGGAAUUACAGAGAAGAUUAGAUCAAACGAUUGGUAAACCGGGAUCAUACUUGCAAAAUGAAUAG